AUGGUCACUGUUGGUUGUUGCUGCAAGUAAAUAAGAACAAGUGUAUAUAUUCCUAGAAGUCAUGGGAUACGUCUGCCCAUACUCACACUCUCCUGUUCCUUGACUGCCGCUGUUUCUGGCACCUCACCACUCCUCCACCCCCGACCCACUGCCCAAGGGUGUGUGGGCAGACCAGCGUCAUCUAACCAACUGCUUCUCCUUCCUCCCUGUCCCUCUCCCGCUUCAUCUCGCUCACCCGCUUGCCCCUUAUUAAACCCUCUGGUCCUAUCGCUGGGACCGUCAGAGUUUAAUAAUCUUUUCCUUUUCCAUCUCCUUGUCACCUCUCCUCCACCUUUCUCUCCCUCUCCACCUACCCUCGCUACAACUCUUCUGAACCUUCAUCUCAGAAAGUCAAAAAUACAACCUCACCCUAGUAUCCACAGGCAAAACACACAAUCUGUCGUUCAUCAACACCACCAUGGCCAAGACAAAGGUUCUCGUGGUCGGUGUCACCGGGGAGACUGGAGGCUCCAUCACGAACGGGCUCUUGGACGACGGCCAAUUUGAGAUAUAUGCUCUUGUACGGCCCAAGUCGAUCCAUAAACCUGCCCUUUUGGCCUUCCAAAAUCGUGGUGUCGGCAUUCGCAAGUGUGAUCUGAAAGCGUCCGAGGAGGAAUUGAUGGAUGCUGUCUAUGACAUCGACGUUAUCAUCAGCUGCGUUGGCCCUGCUGAGCAGCAGGAUCAGAUCCCCCUGGCAAAGGCUGCCAAAAGGGCUGGUGUGAAGCGAUUUGUCCCCUGCGGUUUCAUCACCGUGUGCCCUCCGGGGGGCAUCAUGUGGUUGCGAGAUGAGAAAGAAACCGUGUAUAAUCAUGUCAAGCAGCUUCACCUUCCUUACACCAUCAUCGACGUCGGCUGGUGGUAUCAAAUCUCAUAUCCUAGGUUGCCUUCGGGAAAGGUCGAUUACGCCAUGAAUACAACAAACGACGAGAUCGUCGGCGAAGGCAACACUCUCACAGCCUUGACGGAUCUGCGAGAUAUUGGUCGCUACGUUGCGAAGAUCAUCGUCGACGAUCGAACAUUGAAUAAGAUGGUCUUCGCGUACAAUGUCGUCAUGACACAGAACGAGAUCUACAGCCUCCUGGAGGAAAUCAGUGGGGAGAAAAUUGAAAGGCAUUAUAUUCCCCCGGAGGCCAUCUAUCACAGAGUGCUCGCGGCCAGGCAGUCGAGCGAAACGUACCCUUUCGACUCAAUAAAGUUUAUUCCUCGAUAUAUUGCUGAAUACCAGCUAUCUUGGGGAAUCCGCGGCGAUAACAACCCCGAGUACGCCAAGUACCUUGGCUACAUCACUUGCAAGGAACUUUACCCCGAUUUUGAACCCACGGAUAUUAGAGAAUACCUUGAAUCCGUCGUCCAAGGUACAGCAAAGGGGAUCUACACCGACCGGACGGUCUCGAGGGCUUACCAGCGUUCAUUCCCCCGAACCGAAUCAAGCGAUUCCUUGGCCGGUAGAGGGUGGCAUCGGACUCCUUCCAGCGAUUCGCUAAUGGCCCAAGCCUACCGGCGAACUGAGUCAAGCGACUCUUUGGUGAUGAAGGGAAGAUAAGUCAUCUAUGACUGCAUUGGCAUGAGACGAUGCUAGCUUUAACCAGCGAGUUGUCUUCUGGUCAUAUCAAAUUUUAUUCCCGGCCUUUUGUGCUUUUUUUUUUUUUUUUGAAGGGGUGUCUCACGGCGUUUUAUGUUUGAGAUCAUGGUCGGAAUCCGAUUUCAGAUCUCUUGCGGCUACUUUUAUGUACGGACAGGUUCCGAGAGAUUCUAGACUUUCUGUUUUUACCUUUGAUAUUAUUCCCUUUUUCUUUUCUUUUUAUGGAUACCUUUUUUUGCCUUUCCGCGAUCUUCUAUCCCGAGCUUUCGCUGCUCAACUUCGUUUGCAAUAUUAUGUUGUUCCACUCAACAGAAUGAUGUGGAAUGGGUUGAAAUAUUGUCCUUUGUCUGCAAUAGAUAGAGUCAACUAGAUGGUGCAUUUUUAUUGUCUGAUAUACCGCAUACUCUGAU